AUGCUUCCAAAUUUACCCAUGCGAUUAGUAAAGAAUCUUGUGAAUUUUCCGGCUGUUGUUAGACAAUCUAUUAUUGACUCGUAUGAAAAACUAAAAUCUACGGACUAUCGUUCAAUUUAUGAAAUUUACGAUAAUCUAACUGGAUUGGAUCGUGUUAGAUCCUUACAUGUUGGAGUCGCUGAAGCUGAAAGAAACUUCGUACAGAAACAAGUCGAAAGAAGAGCUUGUCAAACGGAAGUGUUUCAGUUAGAAGAAGCUAGAAAUCGAAUUAACAUACAACUAGAUAGUGUUAAACGUAGUGAUGAAAGUUUUUUGAAAUUAGUUACAGAGUUGCAUGAGCUUUCACGUCAACAUCAACAAGCUCGUGAUAAGUUAACAUCUAUUGAAUUAGCUGAACAAGUAACAUUUGAACAAUUCUCUAGUAUUCUACGUCAUUCACAAGCUGAAGAACGCAUUCAAGCUAGCCGAAUGCGACAAUGGACUGUUGGAUUUAGUUUAGCUGCUGGUUUGAUUGGUUUUAGCGCUACAUGGAUACGUUUUCGUCAACUUGAUAAGCAAAAUGCAUCAUCACUUCGCUUAAUUUCUGCUACUGGUCAGCCAACUACUGAGUACUCCUUCCAAGAUAUAACUUCCAGUCUUCACUCAUCCAAUCAGAGAUUAAAAACAACAUUGGAUGACUUAAAUCAAAUAAAAAAUAAUUUGAACGAUCUGAUCAAAACACUGAAAGAAAAUUUGAACGUGAUGAAUAUGAAUAUUACAAAGUCAUCUGAUGUUAAGGAUGGUCAAUUAUGUGUUAGCAAUAUCAUUGCAGAAAUUCCUAGUAUUGGUGAAACAAAAUAUAUGUAUUAUGCUUAUGGAACUGGUAUAUUACUUUUGUCUACUUUUAUAUUAUUCUUAAUUAAUAGAUAA